AUGGGGAGAUUUUCAGUUCGGUCGACUUAUCAUUUACAAAUGAUUCGGUCUAGGAUUGGGACAUAUCCGGAAUCGUCCAAUAUAGGAGAAGCCAAACGGCGGUUUUGGAAAGGGGUUUGGCAUUUAAAAAUUUCGAAUAAGAUCAAGGCCUUUGCAUGGAAGGCAUGUUUGAAUAUUAUCCCAACGCGGGACCGGUUAUGGCAACGUCGCGUGCCUGUUGAACUUGGGUGCGACUGCUGUGACGCAGCUGUGGAGACUUUAGUGCACUGUGUUAAGGAAUGUGAAGUGGCUCAACAAGUAUGGGCUGCUAGUCCUAUGGCUUUCGUUACUGAUGUUGGGGUGGGCUAUGAUUUUUAUCAGUGGGUGAUUGAGAUUGAGAAACAAGUUGAUGAAGCAGGAUUGGGGUUGUUCUUUGCGCUGUGUUGGGGAUUAUGGCCACCGUCAGUGGGUGUGGUCAAGAUUAAUUUCGAUGCGGCAACCUUUGCUGAUUUGGAGGCCGUUGGGGUGGGUGUGAUUGUUCGGGAGUCUCACGGAAAAGUUAUUGCAGCCAUGUCGGAAAGACUUCCACAUUGGGUUGAUGCGGAUUGUGCUGAAGCUCUAGCAGCAGCAAGUGCGAUUGCAUUUGGAGCAGAAUUGGGCCUGAGUCAUAUUCAUUUAGAGGGGGACUCGUUAUCCAUUAUUAAAGCCUUCCGCUGUGAGGAUCAAGUGCUUUCCUGUUAUGGCCAUAUUCUCCAAGGUGCUGUGUGUACAAGCCGCUGCUUCACCAGUUUUUGUUGUUCGCAUGUGUUGCGCGGUGGGAAUAAAGCUACUCAUGAGCUGGCUCGUCUGGCGGGGCAUAUGCUCGGUAAAUGA